CUCAUAAUUGUCUGCCAGUCCGAUAAUACUUGUAAAAGGACUGCAGCUAAGAUCUUCUCCGUUCACUGUCAGCUUAUUAUAUUAUGAACAUCCUGCAUCAUGAACAAGAAAUUCGCUAGCCCUCAGAAAACGUGCCCGACUUCACUCAGGCCAGCAUGGUGGACUGUAGAGCCAGUCUGUACGUUCCUCUUUGUUUUUCUUGUGCUCGAGACGGUCUUCAUUCAAAUGCCCCUUCGAAUAGUCGCAUUUAGCUUAGCGCCGCAGAUCUUUAAGCCCACCAUUCGAUGGUCACUAGCAAAGGCAUUACUUAUCAGUUCGCUGAAGCAUCUUUUCCAUUAUCGUAGUAGUCUCGGCAAGACAACUGGUUGGGUGGAUAAAAGCAAGCUACCUAGAUUUUCAGGAGGACAAAGAGCUAGGGCAAUUUGGAUCAACCCCAUCAAUGGAGCGGAAAAGCUGUCUGGUAGAAUCCGACAGCUCUAUAUCGCUGGUGGCUGCACCGUCGCACAUUUUCCGGCGUACUGGGUUGGAGAGUUGAGCUUCGGUCGAGCAAAGCUACACGAGAAGGUGUUGCUCUAUUUCCACGGCGGAGGAUACCGUGCGCUGCGCUGCGCAACACAGGGCAUUCAGAUGAUUUCGUUCCGCCGCAAAAAAGCAGGCAAAUCGCACACAAUUAGGCUAAACAUGAACGGGCUAGCGUUAUUAAUAACUCCGUAUAAUCCGAGAUAAUCUAUUUCUCUAUUGUGAAUGAACACGAAGUAAUAUACGAUGUAAUUUUGAAAGAAAACACAUCCUUCCAUGUAAAAAGGAUAGAAUUUGGUCUAAACAAUCUUUAGAUCUCUUAUAAGCUUAAAAUUUGAGUCGUAGAACGAUUUUCUUUAAAGCUUUUUCAAAAU